UUUCAGGUGAGGACGCUUUUUGUGAGUGGACUGCCUUUAGAUGCAAAGCCUAGAGAACUUUACCUCCUCUUCCGUGCAUAUGAGGGUUACGAAAGCUCAUUAUUAAAGAUGACAAGUAAAAAUGGAAAGACACAAUCGCAGGGCGUCAGAUUUGACCCGGACUUGCCGCAGACAUUGAGGCUAGAGUUUGCUAAGAGUAACACGAAGGUUAGCAAGCCGAAACAACAGAGUCCGCAGCCAGCAGCAACACAUCCUACGCUCGUCUACAAUCCUUUCGCUGCACCUUCACCGGCGGUCCUGCCAGAGGGAUGGGCUCAUCACCCGCUAACGGCGGCCUACACUCAUGAACUCGCACCGGCGGCUAUCCCCCACCAUGCACUUAUACACCCUGCACUACACGCACAGACGCAGCGCAGCUUUCUACAGGCAGACAGAUAUGGCCAUUUUACCGACCAGCAGAUUUGGAGCGUUGACAGAGACAUUGUAGAGCUUCCUUAUAUGGGUCCGGUGUACGAGGAAAAAGUUAAAUGUUUCCCUGGUUACCGACGACUUCGCAUGCACAACAAAGGAGGAUCUCCGGUGGCCUUUGUAGAGUUUGAGGAUAUCAGAUCAGCUACGCAGGGUCUGCACAGUCUGCAGGGGUUCACACUUCUGUCCUCGGAGCGAGGCGGCAUGAGAAUCGAAUAUGCAAAACAUAAAAUGGGAGAGACUGGACACAUGAAAGAAGAAAUGUCUGGACAGAGUCCGGUGCCACCGACGGCCAAUGGCUAUGUGUGAGCUGGCGCCACCUGCAGGAGAUGUCUGCAAGCAAUAAGUACGACAGAUUGGAAUGCUCAAUUCAGCAAUGUUUCUAGCUAUGUGCUGUAGCUGGUGUCAGCGGGCGGCGUGCUCAUAACUCAACGAGGCUGUUGUGUCGUGUGUACUGAUGUAGAAGCGUUGUAAUCAGUAUAAUAAUCGGUAUCUGUGCUAUAGUUCGUUUACUCAAAUUUUAUUCUAUGGAAAAUGUCAUUGUCAUGUUUCUUGCCUUGAUAUUUAUGUUGAUAAGUGCUUACAGUGCUUACAUAUAGUAAUCUAAAAAAAAUGAUUUCUUCUGAAACCAUCUUUCAAAAUUGCAAUGACAUUACUUUGCUGUCUCUCCAUCUCUCACUCUUUCUCAGCAAGGUGGUUGUUAUUACUAUGCCUGCAACAUACUUAUUGUGCAACGAGUCAAGCUGGCACAUCUAUGAAGAGAAAACGAUGUAGGAUGAGAGAGAGAGAGAGAACGUACAGACUACUGAUGCCACUAUAAAUGACUUGUUGUCUCAGUAAAAUGUCUAAGUAUGAUUAUUAAGAUUAUUGUUUCCAAGUAUUUUACAACUAGGAUGAAAUGAAAUGCGUUUUAUGAGACUAGCAUCGAGUUGUGUAAGAAUGAAUCAUGCAGAUACGAUUGCAUGUUGUAUUCAACUGCUGAAAAUUGAAUUAGGUGAAUCGUUUUUGUUUGUGGCAUAAUACUGAAGGAAAAAAUUAAAUAAUAUAAUAAUGACAAUUAUAAAUGUGUCGCAUGUAUGACACAAAAAAUAAUACUAUUUUAAUUUUUAGCCUCAUUUAAGAGAGUCUGUCAAUGUUGGGUGAUUUUCUAUAUCUAUUUGCCAAUAUUAUGAAACCAUGCAGUUCAAAUCACAGUAAUAUGUGCUGUAUAUAUGGAGGUUGACACUGUGAUCUAUGCAACGAAGUAUGAAAUACCCUUCUGUAUGUGUAUGCCUUUUGCUUCUCAGGGCGCUGCGCUAUUCAUUGCAAAAUACACCCUGCUUCAUCCAAGGCAUUGGACUUGUUGAAAUUAAAUCCUACACAAAGGUCACUGGUCCCCAUACCUAGCACGGGCAUCGAUUAGGGCAAGUCGGCAAAGUAGGGGGUGCGCAAUUUGCUAAAAUCCAGCAAACAUGAAAUUUGUUUGUACUCGGUACUCGGUACCACAUGAGAGAAAUAGCCGCAUGUAAAUUUUUUUUAUCAAGUUAUCUUGAUAACGUCAGCUAUUGCGCUAUACGUUUAUAUUCGGUGGAUGAAUCCACGGUGGGUCCUCUUUAACCCUGGGCUACUGCUAGGGCAACAGAGCUAGUAUGGACUAAAGAAACGUCAAGGGCAAGCUUUCGCAAAAAGGUUGUGCUGCCCUAUACGCAUUGGGUGCGUGAGUAUACCGCAGUCUGUCAAACAGAAGGCGUGCACUGUUAUGCAGGGUACAACGAAUAUUAGGAAAUUUGAUUUUUUGUCAAUUUGCACGAAGUUUGUAGUGGGCUCGCAGUUUUCUCUUCACGACUGCAUAUCACUUGUUAAGAAAUCACUGGUACAGCACUGCAACGGGCUCUAUAACUUCGCAGCAGGCACGGGAACACUUGAGAAAGUUUCGACAAGGUUCUGAGCAACAAUAUUUUCACGCUUGCGGGUCUACAUGUGGCUGUGUACGGUCGGCCAUAUUGAAUCUCCUGUAACAGAAUGUUGCAAAAUGUUGUCGAAAUGUUCUCAUGGUUUCUUCGAAAAUAUCUAUAGAUAAAUUUUAAUGAUUCUCUACCCACUCUCAAAAUCGUAACGGGAUCGGUUUAUUCUGCUUUUCCUGGUGUGAUUGGUGGGAUAUUUUCCCAAUCCGUGUUUGUAUAAAAUUUUUACAAGGUGUGAGGACUACUUUUAUAAAUGACUCACAAAAUCUGUAUCAGAGAGUACGCACAUGAAUUUGUAUGGCUAACCAGUCAUCCAGCUUUCGAAAUGCUCUUCGCAGGUUAAACUUGCUGCUUUAAUUUGUAGAUAUAUUCGGCUUUAAAAUUGCAUUGUAUUAUAAUUUAUAUUAGAACGUAUAAUGUGUACUAAGACUAAGAUACUGUCAAAUUGACACCAAAUAUUUAUGGUAACUUGUGGCUGAGCUUAAUUUAACGCGGACGUUUAAUUUAGUGAUUUGUCAUGUCAGCUUGUGGAACUAUCUUAGAGUACGUAGGCCUACUCCCUAUUCCUAAAUUACUGUUAUUCGAUACAUAUAACACGUGCAUUUCAAGAGUCAGUGCCGCCAUCUGCUGGGAGAUUAAUCGUGCUCAUUUAUGACAUGCCGCGUUCGAUUUGAAUACGGUUCGCGAGCACUAAAAACAAAUCUCUCGAGUGAAGCACACAGGCCAUCGACGGUGGGUAGAGAAUCAGCAUCGCACAUUGAGACACAGCACAAAUGCACCUUUAGUGUAUAAUAAUGGACGCACGUCCUCUCAUGACGUCAGGGCUCGCGGUCUGCUUGGCUCUGUUGCUGGCUACGCUGGUAUAAUUCCCAGCUAUGUUCAGCACCCAGCCAUACGCCCGCGAGAGCGGACGUCCUGGAGGGUUAGCGAGAAAUCUACUUAGAAUUUUACACUCGGUGCACUAGCGAGAAAUGAUAUCAUGACCUCUCCGUCCAAAUUUUGGGAAGAAAGUUCCCCUGGUAUCUGGUUGUGAUUUGCUUAAAAAUAGGGCUGUCGAAGCCAGUACAGAGCAUGUGCUAUGUAUAUGUUAUAGCUUUCCGUUAAUAUUGUACUCGGUGGUUUGAUUUCGGCAGGGAUCUCUAGUUCAACUGAUCCCCGAUUUCUGUGAAAGUGUUGUGAGCAGUCUUCGUUAUUUUGGUGUGCGUGUACAAUCAUGUGACCGUGUAAAAAAACAAUGGACCAAAUGUGAUAGCUGUUUGUAUUCGUUAGAGGUUAAUGCUACUUAAAAAAAUCUCGUUGUAAUAAUUAUUAUUAAUCAAGUUUGUACAAGCGUGGGUGAUGGUAGUUUUGUGGGACUGGAUAGAUUCGCAAAUCAGUCGUAGACUAGUCAAGAAUUUGAAUUAGGGUGUUUCAUUUUCCCCUCCCCCACCCCUUCAAAUAACAGGUUACGUUAAGGCUUUCGUGGCUACAAUUAGCUUUGUCAAUAUUUAGGACUGAAAUAUCCGUACAGAAUAUGCCGAGUCUAUUAUUUGAGGUACGAAGGAGGGCUGUUCUGUUGUUACACAACCCGGAAGACUUGUGGUGCUUGCGUGUCUAUAUCUGCCGCACUGUCUGAUGGUAUGUGUAUGUUCGCUUGAAAGAUUAUAAAAAAAAUCAUGGUGUAGCAAUGUCAUAGUGAUGUGGUGGGGCAUUAUUGAUAACAAAGUAUUAACGUAUUCGUUACGCGUACUGGCAGUUGUAGUUAACGAUUGGACGACUACUGCUAUUACUGACAAUACUCCUUUAAGUUUUCAUUCGUGUUUAUUGCUUUCAUUAUUAUGAUAGAAGAACAACAUUCCAUAUAGUACUUGUGAAAGAUGAUUUUGGAUAUUUAAGAUUAUAGUGACAAUCCUAGGUUGGGAAGAUGAAGUAAUUAUGGAGUUAUAUUAUAUUUUCAUCAUUUUAUUUAAGUAUAAUAUUAAUAUCGAUUUUUGAAAUGAUCAGUCAGGAUCAGGGGCCAUGAAUUGUUUUUACAUUGCUCUUGUUCACAGGGUUUAUGUUAUAACUUAAUAAUGAAUCUCACCAAAGUGACUGUCAGGAAAGUAAUCUCUUUUUAUAAGAGAAGAAUCUCAGUUUUAGUUGAAGCUUAGAGUAAUUUUACAUGACCAGCCGGGCUUGCUUUCGUGAGACUGCAUAAUGGUACAUAUUCAGUGGUUUGCUGCCUGGUGAGAUCGUUCACAGAGUUGUUGAUCUAACGAGUUGUUUACGAGUUUGAUUUCUCAAAUUAAGAUGUAAAUACUCUUUAAAGCACUUGAUGGCAGAGCCUGUCAGUGGAGUUUUGCAAACUUGAUAUGUAUCGUAUACGUUUAAUAACAACAGCCUCGGCGCACGUGUAAAAUGAGUUGAAUUCCAUGCUGGAGUGCUGUAAAACUGUUUCCUAUUCCUAGAAAAGACAAAUUCGAACAAAAACACUGUUGCUGCCUUUUGAUUCGCUAUCGGAGCGUCUGCUGGCGCUGCUGCCGCCAGGUGGCGAUCGCUACUAUACACUAGCGGAGUGGGGGUUGUCGCCGCGUGGUAGUAUCCUGUAUUUAGUCUCUCGUACGUUUGUCACGAUUGAUUAGGUAAUAUUUCGCGUGCCCCGGCCGGUACUUGCUCACGGAGCAGUAUAGGCAGAGCUGGCGGUGUGAACGCGGCGUUACUAAGUGACCUUGAUGCGCAACCAAGCAAUCCCGGGUGGCCCGUUAAACCGGGCACGUCGCUCGCGCAGACGAGAGAGAGAGACAGAGAGAGAUGACAUGACGCAGCAGCGGCAGCGGUGUCGUCGGCCGCUGGAGGGUCAUUUGCAGCGGUACUACGGCCGUACGUUGCCGCGCUCAGACGCUGGCGUGCGUUUACGCGCAGACGCGCACGCGUUCUCGCGAGCGCUGCUCGUGUGUUUAUGCGCAUCCGGUGCCGAGGCGGCGAGUCUCUUGUGGGAAAUGGGACUGUAACAAGAUCGUAAUGCGAACGUUACUACCCCGACAGUAAGCGUUACCUUUCUGCUUGUUGAGACGCUGUGUUAUUAGAAAGACGUUCGCGUUACGGUGCAAGUGACCCCCCCCCCACCGCGGCCGCGUGUACGCGUAGCUGGCGUCAGAGGGCAGCAGCGGCGGCGGCGGCAGCAGCAAGCAGUUAGCAGACGUGUGUGUGUUGUAUUGUAGCAGUAUUCCCCUACCACUUUUUUCUGAGUAUUUUUACUGGACUUUAUUGUUCGACCUGUAUUUUAAUAAAAGUGACCAGCUUGGAAUUGA